AUGUCGGGAAAGAAGUCCAAGGCGUCCACGCAGCCACAGGAUGCAGGCGCCAAUAAGCCGCCGAAGUUAAAAAAGGAUCUUCGCAAAGAUAUGCGUGAGAUGUAUCAGGCUACACAGCGUAUUGAUAAGGACGAGCUGAUAAGCAAAUAUUUGGCGCUGUAUCCUGGUAAAAAGGACUAUAUUAACAUCGUGGUCAAUGGCUAUACUACGUCUCUGGAGACACGGAAAGGUCCUUCACAACAACCAUCGAUCGGCGUUAGCCUGCCCGCGAAGAAUGGGUCUCCGACGCCUCCUGUCAAGGAACACCCGGAGGAGAAACAGCCUAGACCAGUGACCCAGCAGCAAAAACCAUCUUCAUGGCAACCAGAGCCUGCUGUUGAACCUUUUAAGCCCAGGAUUGAUCUCGAGCAGACAAAGCCCAACAAUGCGGUUCUACAGGAAUUCAAGGAGCACCUCGACUUGAAUCAGAAUGGCCGGCACAUCAAAUUUCCCAUCCGUGGUGGACCGUCGACUGUGCCGCCUUUGGAGAACCAGAUGCAAUUUAUGAGUCUCACUGCACCGGAUGACAAUUCCGCUAACAGCUCGUCCAACGUCCCGGAGGAGGCAGUUCUGCUAUCGCCUUCCGUUGAGCGUGUGGGACAUAGUAUGCCGUCUCAAUUUGCCCUUCUUGGCCAGCUGCGAACGCCGCAGUCGGGAGUUUCAGACCCUCGAGUCAUGCUCAACACGAACAUCCCCUUCUCGGCGUUUAUUUGCGGACUCCAGGGCAGCGGAAAGUCGCACACGACGUCAUGUAUAAUUGAAAAUUGCUCAAUGACGUUUCCUGCGCUAGGGACUCUAAAGAAACCACUGUCCACCUUGGUCCUGCACUACAAUGAAUACAGCUCUAAUCUGAGUUCACAACCUAGCGAAACCGUUUUUCUUUCCUCCGUCAUGACACAGUACAGAUUGAAGUACAAACCAAUUCCAGUCCGGGUGCUAGUUUCGCCAUCCAACUUCUACAACCUGCAGAGAAUGUAUUCCCAGAUCCCGAACGUGGAGGUUCGACCGUUUCGCUUACAACCUCACCAUCUCAGCAUCAGCAUGAUGCUAUCCCUCAUGUCUCUGGGGAAGAACGAUUCCAUGCCUCUAUACAUGGGACAGUUGACCAAGAUCUUGCGGGAAAUGGCAAUGGAGAACGAAGGAGCGUUCAACUACUCUGAUUUCCGCACGCGUCUGAAUGGACUGCGUCUCGAUCGAGCCCAGACCCCUUUUCUCGAGCAACGAUUAGGCUUACUGGACUCGUUCCUCGACCUGCACGGGCAGACGAGCGAGGAUUAUUUUAUCGAGGACGGAGUGACUAUCCUUGACUUGUCGUGCCCGUUCAUGGACCAGAGUACAACCUGCAUUCUUUUCCGGAUUGCAAUCAACCUGUUCCUGCAUGGCCAUCCGUCCAGAGGCAAGAUGAUCGUCGCAGACGAAGCACACAAGUAUAUGACCGACACCCCCGCUGCAAAAGAACUCACCGAGGCCUUUCUCAACAUCAUCCGUCAGCAACGCCACCUCGGUGUCCGAACCAUAAUAUCCACGCAAGAACCUACUAUCUCACCGCGACUGAUCGAUCUCUGCUCCAUCACCAUCAUCCACCGCUUCUCCAGUCCUGAAUGGUACAAGACCAUCAAGAAACACGUCACCAUCGAGGAUACGCAAGGCGUCUCGGACGAGCGAGAGGGACUGUAUCAGAUUUCGAGCCUUCGCACUGGCGAGGCCCUGGUGUUUGCACCGUCGGCGUACCUGCUUUAUGAUAACCAGAGUAUGAUAAAUACGCGACAUGCUACUUUCAAGAUGAUGAUGAGAAAAAGGGUUACUUGGGAUGGAGGACGGACAAUAGCUUGUAUUCGCUGA